AUGGCGUUGACCGUUAAGCAUCUCAACUCUGAUGCAUCCUUUCUGCUCUCAUUCGAGCCGGUCUGUUCAGAUCCUACCAGAGGUUCCGUGGUGAUUCCACAACCUUUCACGAUCCUGCUUGAUCCAUGGAUUACUGGGCCAUCCAAAAUCUUCCACUCCAAGUUCUCAAUUACAACUCACAAAACGCCACCAUGCGUGGCCUCGCUUUCGGAGCUGCCUGAACCAGACUUGGUCAUUAUCACCCAGGCCAAAAGUGAUCAUUGCAAUGAGCCUACAUUGCGUCAACUGCCGGCUUCCGGCACAAAAACGCUCAUUCUUGCCGAACCUGCUUCGGCGCGUUUGAUAAAGAGCUGGAAGUACUUUGACCGCAACAAGAUCCGGACCGUCGAGCCGUAUAAGGAUUCACGAAUUGCGGGCAAGUCCACCACCAUCCGCAUUGCAGUACCGCCGGUGACGCCCGGCGGUCCGGCGGGCGAGGUCACGGUGUCAUGGAUUCCUCAGAAACGGGACAUUGCCGGCCUACAUGGCGGCAUGGGGAUAACAUAUCGACCUCCACCCACACAAUACCUCGCCAAGCCGGGUCUCAUAACACCACCGGCGACACCCAUCAUGACCAAGAUCCCACCCAUGCUUCUGUCCACGGUUUCGACAACCGACAUGCACGCGCUGCCACCAAGCCCGCCAAUCUCACCUCUCUCACUCCGCUCUGUACAGUCCGCGUCAACUCUAGUCGCCUCGUCGCCGCUCUCACCAAAUCACCCUGCGGCUUUAAACCGCUGUCUGUCCCCGUCACCGCGCUCCCCUACAAGCACGAUAUCCCCCAUGUCUCAGGCGGGAACCCGCCCCAUCUCCGUACUCUUCUCCCCGCACGGCAUCUCCUACAACUACGUGGCACCCUGGGCGACGUCCCAUCUGGUAUCCGAGGCGGCCCUGCCCCUGACGGCCCUGCUCCACUGCAUGGAUAGCAUCAGCAACCCCUGGUGGCUCGGCGGUAACAUAUGCUCCGGGACCCUGAUCGGGGCCGAGAUCGCGAGGAAGCUGGGCGCGAGGUGCUGGAUCUCGGCCCACGACGCGGAGAAGGAUGUCCGGGGCAUUGGGACGGGGCUCCUCAAGACGAAGCGGUGGGGGAGGGAAGAGAUCCUAGGCAUCGUAGGGUCCGAGAAGGAUGACGACGACGACGAGAAUCAGAAUCAGCGGGCGAGAGCGUGGAAAAGCAGCAGUACCCUCGGGUUGGGGCUCGAUACGGAUAGAAGGAUCGAAGUCCUGAGGCUGGAGAGCGGCGAAGAUGUCCUGGUCACGGGCGACGGCAUGGUGCUGGCUUCUUCUCCGCCGAAGCCGAAGAUGAGCAGCAUAGGCGAGGAGGACAAGGAGAAUGUGCAAAUCUUACCGGCAGUCCGUCAGCAGCUGAAAGAGGGCAAGACUCUGGGGCACCGCCGGUCUAAACGACUGCUCAUAUGA